AUGCCUGCCUUCAAGUUCGAAAUCUUCCCAGCCGGAUGUGUUGGGAGCGAUGGCGAUGAGAAUUUGGCACGAAUGAGCUAUACAAUCACGAGAGAUGUACACGAUUUGCAACGCAUGGUUUGGCAAAUUCGGGAUGCUAAUCCUCAUUGUCCUAAGUCGAUAAAAGUCCUCCGACUUUUGUCCGAAUUGGACGACCAAGUUAAGAACUGCUCUAUCCCUACCUCAUCGUCACCUGAACUCCUAGAUGAAUUGAAGACUGCUCUCAUUGAUUUCAUACAGUUCUACGCAAAGGAUGAGACAUUGGUGAAGUUUUGGACCCAAACAACGACGGAUGUAAGACCGGAAUCAGCAAGUGGAUCUACGCUUGAAGAAAUGUACAACAAUGGUGCCAGUACUAAUCACGUGUUUUCGAAGAAUUCUGAAUAUUCUCUUAUUCAAGAGGAGCCGCUGGCAACCCCCGAUUAUCAAGCUGUUAAAUUGACUUUACAAUUGAGUGCCUCCUGUGAACGACUUAAUGUGACUGUUAAUCAGGGUCAUGAUUGGUAUCUCAAUGGUGAAAAUCUCACAACAAAUUUCGUUAUUGACGGCCGUAUUAGUGCCGAUUCCGCGAGACCACUGUUUGACCAGAGAAUGGUGGUUGUUGCAACCAGCAAUCCCGUUCUAAACGAAUCUUUCACACUUGACAUUCCUCGAAAUCAACUUGAGAACGCUAGUUUCAUUUUUACAGCACGCCAGUUAGACACAAUAGGUGCUAGACACUUAAUAGGGGACGCAGUGGUCCCCUUGUGCACCCUCCCCAGACAGUCCGUUAUUGAUUCGAAUUCAAAUGUGGUGACACGGUGGUAUGAACUCUCCCGUCGCACAUUUGAGAGAUUUACUGAGCGCGCCUUUAGAAUUUUCGUGGCUUUAUAUUCAGGAUUUAGAAUGCCGGACGUAAAAACCUCAGAAAAUAAGGUUGAUGAAAAUGCACCAAAGACUCUUUCCAAAGAAAGAAAGCAUAAAUCUGAAAUGACAGAUGAAGAGUAUCGUAAGCACAAGGAGGAAAAAAAGAUGCGCAAGUUAGAGAAGAAGAAAAAGAAGUUAGAAAAGGAAAAGCGUAAGGAAGAAAAACGUAAGAGGAAGGAAGAGAAGCGGGCAUCUAAGCAAACGGAAAGCUCUUCAAAAUCGGAAAAAUUGGGUAAAUAUAAGGACUCCAAGGGUGAUCGUCAUAAACAUCGUAGAUCUGAUACUCCUGUGAAGGAUAAAAAGGGAAGUGAAUAUGCUGAACCUCCAGCGAAAAGGCCUAAACCUGAUAGGAAAGAUGAGGAAAGUGAGGAAAUAAAAGAUGAUUCAACGAAAUCGGGAUCACAAAAACCGAAAGGUCCGGUUUCUCUUGAGGAGCUUAUUCAACGCAAAGAGGCAUCUGAGGCGGAGCUCGCAAAGCCUAAGUUUAUUUCCCGCGAAGAGCGAGAAAAAUUGGCCCUUCAAAGGCGUGAAGCAGCCAUUCGGGAACAGAAAAACCGGAUCGCUAAUGAAUUAAAUAAACAGAUCGAAUAUCUGUCUAAAAAUCGAGAUGAGGAUAUCUCCUCCCGUUACGAUUCCCGCGAUUCUUAUCGUUCCAGACGUCGAAUUGAUGAGUUAGAUCGAAGAUAUCCCGACAACAGAGAUAGUAGAAGGGAUAGGCGUAGUGGAGACUUGGGUUCUAAAGCACUCGAGAUUGAUAAGGAGCGUGAAGCCGAGGCUAUCAAAGAACGUUACUUAGGCCAAAAGCGUUUUACUAAGCGUCGUCACCGUCGGCUUAACGAAAGAAAAUUUGUCUUUGAUUGGGAUGCAAAUGAAGAUACUAGUCAGGAUUACAAUCCUCUCUACAAAGACAAGCAUCAGAUCCAAUUUUUUGGCCGGGGACAUAUCGGUGGAAUUGACAUCAAACAACAGAAAAAAGAACUAGGAAAGUUCUAUUCUAGCUUGAUCGAAAGCCGACGCACAGACGCUCAGAAAGAGCAAGAAGUUAAACGUCUUCACGGUUUGGCUAAACGUGAGGCCAGGGAGAAGUGGGAUGAUCGUCAUUGGACUGAGAAAUCUCUCGAAGAAAUGACCUACCGUGAUUGGCGUAUCUUUCGUGAGGAUUACGGUAUUUCCACGAAGGGUGGUAACCUUCCCAAUCCAAUUCGUUCCUGGAAGGAGUCUACUAUACACAAGGAUCUGUUGGAUGUUAUUGAAAAGGUUGGCUAUGUUGAACCCACGGCAAUUCAGCGUCAGGCCAUUCCAAUCGGUUUGCAGAAUAGAGAUAUCAUUGGAAUAGCAGAGACAGGUUCAGGUAAAACUCUCGCCUUCCUUGUUCCCUUAUUGACGUGGAUUCAAACUCUUCCCAAAUUGGUUAGAAUGGAGGAUACAGAACAGGGCCCUUAUGCUCUAAUCAUGGCCCCCUCUCGUGAAUUAGCCCAGCAGAUUGAAGAAGAAACAGUGAAAUUUGGAGCUCCUUUGGGUAUUAAAACCGUUGCUGUUAUUGGAGGCUUAUCCAAAGAGGAUCAAGCCUUGAAGCUGCGCAUGGGAGCUGAAAUUGUUAUUGGUACCCCUGGCCGAUUAGUUGAUGUUCUGGAAAGCCGGUACAUCGUGCUUAAUCAGUGCACCUAUGUGGUAUUGGAUGAGGCGGACAAGAUGAUUGACAUGGGAUUUGAACCACACGUUAACAAUAUCCUCAGUUACCUCCCGGUGACUAAUCAGAAACCUGAUACUGAAGAAGCAGAACAGGACGACAAACUUUUGGCAAACUUUUCGACGAAACAGAAGUAUCGACAAACUGUCAUGUUUACGGCUACUAUGCCUCCUGCUGUGGAAAGAUUGGCUAGAUCCUAUUUGAGACGUCCAGCGACGGUUUACGUUGGUACUGCUGGCAAACCGACGGAGAGGGUCGAACAGAUUGUCUACAUGGUUUCGGAGAACGAAAAACGCAAGAAGCUCUUGGAUAUUUUGAACGAGGGAAUAGACCCUCCAGUGAUAAUUUUCGUGAAUCAGAAGAAGGGUGCAGACAUUCUUGCCAAGGGUCUGGAAAAACUCGGCCACUCCGCGGUUGUGUUACACGGUGGGAAAGGUCAGGAGCAUCGUGAGUAUGCAUUGGCGUCUCUCAAAUCUGGUCAGAAGGAAAUUCUCGUGGCCACUGACGUAGCUGGUCGUGGUAUUGAUAUCAAAGACGUCUCCAUGGUUAUCAAUUAUGACAUGUCUAAGACUAUUGAUGAUUAUGUCCAUCGUAUCGGUCGUACUGGUCGUGCAGGAAAGUCGGGCACAGCCGUCACUUUUCUUACCAAAGACGACACUGGAGUGUACUAUGAUUUGAAGCAGCUUCUGCUCAACUCACCCGUUUCUUCGUGUCCAGCUGAAUUGGCUAACCACCCAGAAGCGCAGACUAAGCCUGGACUGUUUGUCCAAAAGAAGAGACGAGCUGAUGAAACGAACAGUGGGAUUAUUUGCAAAGAAGAUCCCAAUCAAUUUUUUACAGACCUCUCUCAAAUAGGUGCUGGAAAUUUCGGAAUAGUUUAUCGGGCUACCGUGGUUGCUACUAACGAAGUUGUUGCCAUCAAAAAGCUGAAAUAUGAUUCCAAGCGAAAAGUUUCGCUUGAAGACCUAAAGGAUAUGAGGAGGGAGAUAAAAUUUAUAACCUUAAUGAAACACAAAAACUGCGUUCAGUGUCGUGGAUGCUAUAUUGAUCAGCAAGUUCCAUGGAUUGUUAUGGAGUAUUGCUUGGGAUCUGUCGCAGAUAUUCUAAAAGUUCAACGGCAUUCACUUAAGGAAUGCGAGAUUUCUUGCAUUGUUAGCGAAGUUCUCAAUGGCCUCGUAUAUAUUCAUUCCCAAAAAUUCAUUCAUCGUGAUAUAAAAGCAGCAAAUAUUCUCUUUACUGAAAGUGGUGGUGUUAAAAUCGGCGAUUUUGGGUCUGUGAGUUUUAAAAGUCCUGCAAAUAGCUUUGUCGGCACACCGUACUGGAUCGCGCCUGAGGUUAUUCUUGCCAUGGAAAGUGGUCUGUAUGAUUGUCGUUAUCAUUCCGCAUUAUUUACCUUUGUGCUCAUUUUCUGUGUAGCUGAACUGAAACCGCCAUAUAUGGAGUACGCAAAUACAAUGGCCGCCCUCUAUCAGAUUGCUCUGAACCCCGCUCCGCGGCUUAGGGAGUCCAAUUGGAGUUCGGAUUUCUACGAUUUUGUCGAUUUCGUUCUCAAGAAAAGUCCUGAAGAGCGUCCAACCUCCUCCGAAGCUCUGAGCCACCGUUUUUGUACCUCCAUCCCCGAUCCUCAUCCAAUUCUCCACGACUUGGUGCAGAGAGGAAUGGCCAACGCCACUGAGGGCAAUCAAGUUCGUCCUAAGAUCAAGAGAAUCCUUCAUGAGAAUACAAGUAAUGGAGGAGAGAGUUCUUCCACUGCGGAAUCUCCAGCCCGUAAUGGUGUGGAAGGUCGUAAACAUCAUGGCGGACCUCAUAGAGAUAUCUCCUAUGAUGAUGGCGAGAGUCAUUCCACCGUUGAUGGCGCGACUGAGAGCACGUCCAAUAGCCUCCGAAGUGGCCUCUCAGGUGGUUCUACGUCCAGUCUUCCCUUCAUACACCUCCAAGAACCAGACCACCAGCAACAGCUCCAAGGAGUCACUACCGCAGCUAUCUCCAGCCAGAAACCAGCAGCGACCUCCGGUGCUGCCACGAAGGACCAUUUUAGUUGCCAGGGCAUCAUUGCAAACUCCUAUUACGAAAAUGCCCCCGCCCCCUGCAGUGAAACAGAGAUACAAGGUACUGGCAAGAGUGCAGACACAGACGGCAGUGAAGCAGCCACCGAUCGGUGUCUCCACGGAGUUGCAGUCGGUCAAAAACAGCAACGGUGGGAGCAGUUCGAUGAGUCUGUCGGAGGAGGACGACCUGCCGGUGAUCGAUUUGCAGGAGGACGAAGAAUGUCAACCGAGAACAGUUUCGCAAAUCGUGGCUCAAUGGGAGCGGGUUAUAGCGACGACACGCAACUAGCCGUCGAUUCCAGCUACGCCAAUAUUCUUUCUAGUAGUGGUGGCGGUGGUAAUAUUGACUUACCAACCUCUGCCUCCGCUUCCCAAAUCCCUCUGGAACAAUCCUCUACCCAUCUUUCUUUCCCAGAACCCCCAGCCUUCCUCCCUGCUCAUAAGAAAUCCACUCAAACCCCCUCUAGUGGUCUUCUACCUCAAGGUGACAUUACUCCUGCUGUUGGUGCAGCCGCUGUCACCAAUAUUGCAAACAGCGCACCCGGUGCCACCAAUUUCACACCAACGCCCCAACCCAUACCCGCUCAACAUCGUCGCCAAUUCAUACGUCCCUCUAUACGACCGAAACAACAGCAACAGACGGGUCAACAGCAGAAUUUCCCUACCCUCAAGACUCAACGUAUGAUGCGUGCGGCUCCCUCGAUCUCCAUAGUCCCCAGUGAGAGUGGUGUCGGAAGUGCUGUGAUUGUUGGCGGGGCCAGUGGUAGCCAAUCGGAUGUUGCCGCUGGUGCAGGAAGUGAUGAGGGAGUGCGAUUGGAUGAUGUCUACUCUUUCAGUGCGAUUAAGAGAUUGUGUGCUAAGCAUAUGAAGAAACUGCAGCAGGAACAGGAUAGACUUAAGGAAAUCGAGAGCGCAAAGAUGGCCGAGCUGAACCGUGAGUACACCAAUUUCAUAACCGCUAAGAAGAAGUGCGUCUGUCGAAUGCAAGAGCAGCAUGAGAACUCACUUGAUCGAGCACUGAAACGCACAGCUGAUGAGGAGACACGCUUCGUGCGUGAACUGGAAUCGAAAGCCAAAGAAAGGCUGAAGAGCAAGAGAAGAAGUGAAUUCCUCCAUAGUGGUGGAAGCAACUCGCCCUACAAUGACCUUCAUGCACCAGAUUUGAAUCAAAUGUACAAACAAGUUAUGAAUGAGAACAAUGUCAAGUUGUGUAGAUGGAGGUAUGAGAAGCUGAAGGCACGAUAUGAACUACAGAUGAAACAAUUUGAAGAGCGGAAGAAACUGGAGAACGAAGUUCUUAAAGACAAAUCGUGCAUGCUUCUAAGCCAUCACACACAAGUUGAAGCAAUCGAGUUGGCGAACCUUCGUGCAAAGCAUGCUCUUCAAUCACGUCACCUCGAGGAGAAAUGCGCCUUCUUCGAUGCAGAGCAACGUCGUUUUGAGGAACUUCAGUUUGCGGAGUUUGAAAAGGAAGCUCGCCAUAGACGCAAGAUUCUCGCCAAGGAACUCAAGCACUACGAAGAGACACUGCGGCCACAGAACAAAGUCACGGGUUGGUUCUUGAAUCGAAAGAAAACUUCCACAUCCUCACAAUCGCCAAUUCCCUCGUCUCAGUACCACAACCAACCUGGUUCCCCGGUUGGAGAUAAGAACAAAUCACCGCACAAUUCUUCCCUCCCUUCAUCUCCGAGUGAAACCAAGGCCACCCUAGAGGAGUAUCGUCGACAGAAAACGGAGGCACUCGAAGAAGAGCUGGCUCGUGAUCGUGCCAGGUUGAAUGAAAAAAUGCGUCAACUGAGAGAGCAAAUGCACAGCUACCAGGACCGUCUAGCUCGAGAUUUCCGUUCUCAACGUGACCACGAGGAUACUGAACUACGCAAUCGCAUCAAAAUGAGGGCCGAUAAGUUGGAAGAAGCUAUUGAAAACAACAAGUCUACAGUAAUGGAAGAGCACAAUCAAGAAGAGCGCAAAAUAGAAAUAGAUUACGCCAGCUUGCAACGUCGCCUUGAAAGUGAUUGCCAAUUUCUUGGGGUGGAUUUCCAGGCUGUUCAAUUUUGUGCUGAGACAGGAAUGAAUCCAGGAGUUAGGUCUAGUUAUCAUUAUGCCUCCUGA